AAAUUGUGGCAAAUCCUGUCGAGCUUUUGGAGCCAUGCCCUGCUGUAAGCGUACCGAGGCCCGGCGGGUGUGCCGGCCGAUGCCGUCGCUCCUAGCCAGGCUCAACUGUACGCCGUGCAACCGCGUCCUGUUCUUCGUGAUCGGGGUGGGACUGGGCGUGCUCUUCGUGCGCAACAAGGACGACAAGUCGGGCAAGAAGAAGUGAGGGUGUUCCACAUGGGCCAGCGGCGGCAUUACCAAGAACCCAAUCCCGGCCAGUAGUUAAUCGACAUCGAGCCACCCGGAACCAUCUGGAAUCACUAUGAAGAACUCAAGCCUCAAGGCGGCCUGCGAAAACAAAAUGCCAUUCGAUAAGUUUGUCCGCCGAAGAAUUAAUGAAUAAGAAAUUUCUCAGUCGAUAAA